AAAGUAUAAUUUCUAUUGAUAUGUGUGUCUGUAUGUGGUGGGGCUCUGUGACUGUGUUCAUCUAUUUUGUAGAAUUUUAUUGGAUAUUUACCUUCUUAAUGUGUAUUAUAUGUGAGUGGUUGUAAGAAUCUUAAUUUCUCGCAACUAUUUCUUUACUUUGAUCCAUAAACCUACUGAUGGGAUAAGUAACAAUGAAAUUUCUUUCACCUGUGUUUCCAUAUACACUGUAAUUCAAUCUAGUUCAUUUUCUCGGUACUGUUAAAAAUAUGAGGAAUUAUAAUUUAGUAUAUGCAUUAUGAACAUUAAUUGCGUAGUCAAAAUUUUCCCUAGAUCUAUGAUUUCCAAUCGACUUACCGCCUGUUUUAACUUUUUAUUAAACAGACAUCUGGCUACUACGUACUCGUGUACUUGUUGGACCUUGAUUUGGACCUCCAGAAGUUUAUUAUGACCAGUCAAACCGUUAUAACUAUUUGAGGCCCCAUCUGAUGACGUACUUGAUAUGCAACAAGACCUCUAGUAAUUUGGGAUUGUUAAAGUCAAAGGGCACAAAGAACAUGGAUAUGGCUUACUAACUUGAAAGAAUGAUUGAAAAGGAUUGUUGAAAGUAGCUUCAUUCUAAGACCUCACAAGUCAUGCUUCGCAAAAGUCCAAGCAUCAGCAAUUUAAAAAGAAUCAUCGCCUAUUUGUAUUGGAGAUCAGAAGAUGUCUAGUGGGCUUGGACUUGAGAAUCUUGUUGACCAAACAAUCUCAGUGAUCACAAAUGAUGGGCGAAAUAUAGUGGGAAUUCUGAAAGGUUUUGACCAGGCUACUAAUAUAAUUCUUGAUGAGUCUCAUGAACGGGUGUAUUCCACAAAGGAAGGUGUACAGCAACUUGUGUUGGGUCUCUACAUCAUCAGAGGAGACAACAUUAGCAUCGUUGGAGAACUAGACGAAGAGCUAGAUGCAAGCUUGGACUUGUCACUACUGAGAGCUCAUCCUCUGAAGCCAGUUAUACAUUGAUUUGUAACAUGUAGUGUCUAAAUAUUCUUUAGAUUCGAAGCUAGAAAAUACACCCAAAACGCAGGGGUUGGUGGGUGGGUGGGAUGAAAUGAAGAGAGUGAACAUUAUGAGAAAAAGAUCAUAUGAAUGGAGUUCUGCAGUUUGUAACUACUAACUAGCAUGUACCUUCUUGUAAGGAUUUGAACAUUCUUGCUUUGAUUUUGCAAACCCCUGUUCUAUAAUUUGUGUUU